AUGAGCUACUUGUACGAAUACGUGGAGAAAUACCUACCAGUGUCUUGGCGAAGGAAACGCAUCCGACGGCCAAUCAUCUGGUCAUCUCCGGAGUAUUCACCGUCGGCUGAGGUGUUGACGGUGAAAUCCGUCGAUCUGUGUAUCGAAGAAAAUGGCAAGGAUCACCACACCAAGCGGUAUGAGCUGAUGAGCCGUGACGAGUAUAGUGGCAAGAUACCGAAGCUUGUUGUACGGCGUGGACAGCCCUUUAGAUUGCGAUUGAUUUGCGAUCGACCCUACGAUCGCAGCCGUGACGCGUUGAGUUUGAUUUUCACGGUAGCUGACGAGGAUCAGCCCACGCACGGACACGCAACGCUUGUUGGUAUUCCGGUCAAUCAAUUCCCGGAGCAGUUGGGUGAACCGCAGGAAUGGGGCGCAGCGAUCGAGACGAUCCAUGGCGAUCUGUUGGAGAUCCUGGUGAAGCCAGCAGCCACAGCACCGGUUGGACAAUGGAAACUGGACAUCGACACGAAACUGCUGAGUGAUGCCUUCGGAAGGAGCUAUUCACUGCCUCAGGCGUUCUACGUUCUCUUCAAUCCUUGGUGUGUGGACGAUCAGGUGUACCUGGACGAAAAAGCUCAUCGCCACGAGUACGUGAUGAGUGACACGACGCUCAUUUUCCGAGGAUCAUACAACCGCUUGCGUCCGUCGGUGUGGAAGUUCGGUCAGUUCGAGCAGCACAUCCUCGACUGUUCGUUGCUGUUGAUCGCGAAAAUCGGCAAGGUCAGCGCAACACACCGAGGAGAUCCGGUUCGGGUGUGCCGUGCCAUUUCGGCAGCCGUAAACUCACCAGACGAUGAUGGUGCGCUGUUGGGCAACUGGAGCGGAGACUUUGCCGGUGGAACACCUCCAACAAAGUGGGUCGGAUCGGUUGAGAUUUUGCAGCAGUUUUACAAGAAGCAGAAACCCGUCAAGUUUGCCCAGUGCUGGGUGUUUGCUGGCGUUGUUUCCACGGUUGCUCGAGCCAUCGGCAUACCGUCGCGAGUGGUGACGAACUACUCCUCCGCACACGACACACAAGCCUCACUGACGGUGGACUACUUCGUCGAUAAGAGCGGUAAGAUCAUGGAGGAGAUGAACGCUGACUCUAUCUGGAACUAUCACGUGUGGAACGAAGUGUGGAUGCAACGUCCCGACCUCGGUAUCAGUUCCGAUGGCGAUUAUGGUGGGUGGCAGGCGAUCGAUGCCACUCCUCAGGAGACAUCAGAUGGCAUGUUCCGUUGUGGACCGGCCUCGGUACUCGCCGUGAAGCUGGGUGAGGUGCUAAAGCCAUACGACAACAAUUUCCUCUUCGCGGAGGUGAAUGCUGAUAAAGUGUUUUGGCGCUACACGGGCCCGCACCAUCCGUUGAAGCUGCUUCGCAAGGAUGUGUUGGGCAUUGGGUUGUUCAUUAGCACUAAAGCUGUUGGACGCUGGGAGCGUGAGGACAUCACGGCGAGCUACAAGUUUGCCGAGAAAUCGGACGAGGAACGCGCAACGAUGCUGAAGGCACUGAAGCAAGCGAACAGCUACUUCAGUCGGUACUAUCUGAACGAGGAGUUCAACGAAGUGUACUUUAACUUUGAAUUGCGAGACGACAUCAAAAUUGGCGAACCAUUCAGUGUGAUUCUACACAUCAAAAAUCGAUCAUCGGAAAAUCGCCAUGUAGUGGAUGGUUCGCUGCAUGUUGAUACCGUGCUGUACACGGGCAAGAAUCGGGAAAGCGUAAAGGUGGACAGAUUCUCAAUAACUCUCGAACCCGGAACGGAGGAAUUCGUGCGAUUGGUGGUAGAGUUCCAGGAGUACUACCGUAAGCUGCGUGAUCAGGCCGCAUUCAACAUUUCGUGCAUGGCCACAGUGCAGGACACGGAGUUUGAGUUUUACGCUCAAGAUGACUUCCGCGUAAGGAAACCGGACAUCAAGAUAUCCCUGCUGGGAAAGCCGGUAUCUCAGGCACCAGUCGAUGUGCAGGUUACGCUGGAGAACCCGCUGCCGAUCGCUUUGCGAAAGGGAAUUUUCCACAUCGAAGGAUCGGGCAUUGGAAAGCCGGUGCUCUUUAAGCACCCAGAAAUAGCGGCCGGAGAGAAGAUUUCAAACACCUUCACCAUGACACCGCCGUACUCGGGUCGGCUGACGAUCGCCGCAAAGUUUACCUCCAAGGAGUUGGACGACGUUGACGGAUUUCUAGCGUUUUUGGCUCACCCGCGACCCGAGGAUAUCAUCAUGGAGGCGGAAACCAACGAAAUUAUCGCCCGGACAGAUAUCAUAGACUAGGAAACUCGCCAAAGAACUUGCCAUCUUUACCCACUGCUCACUGUCUCACUAACCAACUGCCAAAAGCAUGACGUUUCGUUACGUGUUAACAUUGUUCGGAAAAGUAAAAUGUAUUUAAUGUUAUACCAAUAAACAAAACACGAGCCGACCGA